AUGGAUAGAAGUCCGAAGAACAGCAGAAGACAGGAUUGUAUGGACAAAGGUGCUAAAGAAAAACAACAAAGAAAAUAUUUACAAAAUAUCACUUCUGAUAUUAAGAGAGAUCCAAAAAAGUUUUGGACGUUUAUUAAAACUAAAUCGAAUCAUGCAUGUAUUCCAGCUAAUAUAUUUUACAAUGAUAACGAACUUUCCAACUCUCAAGACAUUGCUGACGCGUUUGCGCAUUUUUUUGCCAGGUCUUUUCAUUCUGUUAGUAGCACCUCAUCAAAUACGUCCGUUGAUAGUGAUCUUGUGAGUGCGUUAAAUCAAAAUAUAUUAGAUGUUAGAAAAACUAACGAGUCUGAAGUGCUUACAGCCAUCAAGAAAUUAAAGCCGACGUUAACCGCUGGGCCCGAUGAGGUUCCGUCAUUCUUUGUGAAAAAUUGUGGCAUAAUUUUUGCUCCUCCACUAACAGUUAUAUUCAACUUGAUUUUGGGUAAUUCAAAAUUUCCUGACAAAUGGAAGUUAUCUAGGAUUUUGCCUAUUCAUAAAAAAGGAAGCACUGCGGAAAUCAGUGAAUAUAGGCCAAUUGCUUUGAUCAACAACUUUGCUAAACAUGGUUUCAUUAAAGGAAGGUCGACUGUCACGAAUUUGAUGAUCAAGACGCAAUAUAUCUCUGGAAUGUUUGACAAACAUCUUCAACAAGUGGAUUGCUUUUGA